CCCCCAUCCGCCCAAUUGUUGCCAUGCUCUCAAUAUCUAUGGGUAUGGGUGUGGUAAUCGCAGUGUGUGAAUUUGGUUAGAAAUCUCGUCAAUUUGGGCGCUUGAGGAUUCGGUUUUUGGGGAUUUGAGUAGGAGACAAACAUGAAAAAAUAGUCUUUGUAAAUUUAACAUGGUCACAAGAGCCUAAACGGAGUAUUUUUGUGCUCAAAUCUUCAGUUCUGUCACAGUAAGGUGUCCACGUUAUAUCGGGCAACAAGAGGAGUGAAGCCCUCAGCAGAGGACCAUGAGUGAGCUGGAGCAGUUGCGGCAGGAGGCCGAGCAGCUACGCAAUCAGAUCAGAGAUGCCAGAAAAGCCUGCAGUGACUCCAGUUUGUCCCAGAUCACAGCUGGGCUGGAUUCGGUGGGAAGGAUCCAGAUGCGGACGAGGCGAACCCUUCGAGGCCAUUUAGCCAAAAUCUACGCCAUGCACUGGGCCACAGAUUCCAGGCUACUAGUCAGUGCCUCACAAGAUGGCAAACUCAUCAUUUGGGACAGCUACACAACGAACAAGAUCCAUGCCAUCCCUUUGCGCUCAUCCUGGGUGAUGACCUGUGCCUAUGCUCCUUCUGGAAACUAUGUGGCCUGUGGAGGCCUGGAUAACAUCUGCUCCAUCUACAGCCUUAAAACCCGCGAGGGCAACGUCAGGGUCACCAGAGAACUGCCCGGACACACAGGUUAUUUGUCAUGCUGUCGCUUCUUGGAUGAUAGCCAGAUAGUCACCAGCUCUGGAGACACCACAUGUGCUCUCUGGGAUAUAGAGACGGGUCAGCAGGCUACCAUCUUCUCAGGGCACAGUGGAGACGUGAUGAGUCUGUCCCUCAGCCCGGACACCAGGACCUUCGUAUCCGGGGCCUGCGAUGCCACCUCCAAACUGUGGGACAUCCGAGACGGCAUGUGCAGACAGUCCUUCACCGGCCAUGUCUCCGACAUCAACGCCGUCUGCUUCUUCCCCAAUGGAAACGCGUUCACGACCGGGUCUGAUGACGCUACGUGCCGUUUGUUUGACCUGCGCGCCGAUCAGGAGCUGAUGAUGUAUUCCCAUGACAACAUCAUCUGUGGAAUCACCUCUGUGGCCUUCUCCAAGAGCGGCCGCCUACUGCUGGCCGGCUACGACGACUUCAACUGCAACGUGUGGGACACACUGAAGGGGGAACGAGCAGGUGUCUUGGCCGGGCACGACAACAGGGUCAGCUGUUUAGGCGUGACCAACGACGGCAUGGCCGUGGCCACGGGCUCGUGGGACAGCUUCCUCAGGAUAUGGAACUGACCUGAUUGGAUGGGACUGCGGAGAGUGACGGCCCACUCUGUCCAAUCAGAGUCACUGUAGCGUCCUGCUGCCACAGAGGAACCUCCCCCUUCCCCUUUUCCUUCCACCUUUCCAGGUGACCCGGUUUCUAUCAUCAUCUUCUUCUUCUUCUUCUUCUUCUCUUUUACUAGAGCCCGCCCCCCCCAACACCACCAAUCCUCAUCCUCCUCCUUCUUCUCAUCCUCCUCCUUCUUCUCAUCCUCCUCCUUCUUCUCAUCCUCCUCUUCCUCCUGUCACCUCGAGUCAGCCGCAGAGAACGAGGCCCAACUAUGAGGAUAGGAACCCUCUCUCUCUCUCUCACCCUCUCUUUCUCGAUUCUAUCUUAUCUGUCUAUCCAUCCAUCUGUCUGUCUAUACGGCCUCAUAACCUAAAGAACAUGGGGGGAUAGACUGUGUUGUGUAUAUACGAUAUUUGCUAUUCUAUGUGCUUGUAUGUGAAAUGUAUGCACUUCUGACAGUGUUUGGAUGUUGACGUGUGGAUCCUCGUGGUGGGUGUGUCGAUCGUCCUUGAUCGUACGUGUUUCCUUUCCUCGAUUUAUGGAAUUUUCUUUUUUUCUUUUGUGUAUUUUUUUUAUUUUUUUAUUUUUCUUUCCCCGAGAUCACAGUGUAGUAGUCUUGCUGCACAUGCCAGGGCACUGCCAACAACAGAUUUGUCCAGGGUUUGUCCGUGAAUAAACUGACACGAUGUUCAACGUAGGAUGUGGGUUAUCACUGGUUGCAACCUUCACUGGUUGACUGGUUGUGUGGGGACAAACCGUGUUAGACUCGCCACAGUGUUGUUUGUAUGGGUGGGGUGUUAAUUAUUGAUUUCACAAAUAAGGAUUUCUCAGGUGGGAUAAAUUAGUAUAUAUCUAAAAAGAAUAAAAACUAAUCUUUGUCUUUGUACUGGAAGUUAUUUUCGCAAAAACCUAAAAAAAAAAUGUCCUCAUAUGGGGACAUUUAGUUUAUUUUAACAUUUAAGGAAGGACAAGGACCAUAUUAGUCCAAAAACAGAAUUUAAGCUUUCUACACUAAGCAAAUAAACUAAUUUCAAGCAUAAAAUUGGAUAAGAAUUUUGUCAUUUUUACCUGUAGAGAUUGGCUGUAGAAACUUUUGUUUGGGAUUCCUGCCACCUUGUUUUCAAUCGGUUAAGUGUAAUGUUAAUGUAACAUGUAAUGUGCCAUGUAACAACUGGAUGGUAUGGGCAGUGUCUCCAUAUGAGGCCAAAGAUCAACAUAUAAAGAGAUUCGUAGUCGUAAUGUCCACAUAUGAGGAUGCAGGGUCUCAAGAGGAUAUACCUACAGUACUGUGACCAAGCUCAUUGUCUCGGACUGCCUUCACUGAGUUUAUAGUGCAUCCUAGAGGACGAGUACAAUUGUACAAUUUUCCCCUUUCCCCCCUCAAUUCCUCGAUUUUUGUAAAACCAUAUUUAAAAAAAAGAACACACGGUUUGGAUUUGGAUUUCUCUGGUGUGAUAAAUGGUUAUAUAAACCUCCUACAGUACUGUGUCUUGGCUUAAAAAUGCCUAAUCACAUAUUUUAAAGUAUUUAUCUCCUCGUUAGAAAAGAUUAUACUAUAAAAUCUGUCAAAUUCAACUUCUCAUUUCUCCCAAAACUAGCUCAUUGUCUCAGCCUGCCUUCAUUGAGUUUAUACGGCAGCCUAAAGAGACCAGAACGUUACCCAGUUUAAGAUUUCGGGUUGCCAUAUAAAACGCAUUAAAACACAUGAUUUUGGAUUUCUCAGGCGGGAUAAAUGGUUAUAUAAUCCUCUACAGUACUGUGUCCUCGUUUAAAACCCCUAAUCACAUAAUUUAAAGGAUUUAUCCUCAGUAAAAGAGUUACUGUAAAAAUACUGUAAAAACUCCAGAUCCAAACCAUGCUUCCCUUUUUUUUCACCUGUAGAAAUAAAGGCAAAAAUGUCUGCAGUUGUGUCAAAUUUCACAGCAGAUUCAUUUACUCACUUCGAGGCCAGUGUCCCAGACUGCCUUCAUUGAGUUUACAGUGCAGCCUAAAGAGACCAGAACAGGAAAGAGAAGUGGAUUUUUUCCCCUCAAUACCCUCAAAAUAGUUUGUACAGUUUGAGAUGGUCAAAAACAGGUGUGCUGACAAUUCCUUUGCUCUUAGCUUACGCCCACUGGCUCUCCCAUCUGCACUAGUGGGAUUUCAACUUCUGGAGUUCAAACAACAACCCUAGUAUAAUUAUAUUAUAAAAGUUAAAAAGUGUUCUAUGUGAUCGUUGGAGCUGGAAAAAAAAGGAGGUGGUGGUAAUGUUAUGCUUGAUUGGUUGGUUUAUGUAUUACGAAAUCCUGCUUUGUGAAACCCCCCACCCAAACUCAGUGUUCAUUUAGGGCAUUAAUUAAUAGUCCGCCAUGGUGCCUCAGUAUGUACAGUAGCUGCUGUUGUGCCACCGCACGGUAUUGUUUGGACCAAAUUGGCUGGACACCAACGUACAGGACCAUAAAACCUUAUAUAAAGAUCUCCUCGAAUCUUCUACAGCCUGGUUUCUGCCUUCUGUCUUCUGUUAAUGUGAAGGAACGUGAGUGUGGAGGUGCUAUCGGUUUCUGUCGACUCUGGUCCAGUAUUGAAAUACAGUACACUCAGCACAGUUUACGCUUAGGAUAUUCAUACGGCGGACUGACCUCAUCCAUACGAAAACCAGUGGCGAGAUUUAUACGUAUGUAUUACACAGCGUUAAGGGGCUUUAAGAUGGGCAGAACACACUGUACUUUUACUUUAUUUACCACAGAUACACAAGCAUAUAAAGAUAUACAUGCCUGAAGGAGUAUUCCAGCAUUUUCUGACCUUUUUAGUAAGGUGCACUGAAUAUUUGGCAACCUAACUGUAUUUAAACCUGCGAAAAACAGUGUUGUAUGUUCGAUAUUCAGCCUUUGACCCAAUUUCACCAGUUUUUGUUUAGGGUUUCAGCCAAACACUGAAACUGAACACUGCAUUCCUACUUUAUACACGUCAUAAAAACGUGAAAAUUGUUCGCAUCAGUGUUUAAUAACAGAAUUAAAAGUAUUGAAGUAUGUAUUUUAAAUCUACAAACAUUUGCUCAAGUAUUACCUGAAGUAUAAGCAUGAAAAAACAAGUGGUUUGUCCGAUAUUAACGAUAUAUCAUAAAUAUUGUGAUAAAUCGCAUUAGAUUAAUAUAAUAGAAGUCAUGAAACUAUGAAAAUAUGAAGAAAAACAUAUGGAAUUAUUUGGUAAACUAAAAAAAAGUGUUAAAACAAACCAGAAUAUAUUUAAAGUACUUGCUUAGAUGACAGACAGCUUUGCACAGUCAGCUUUAUGAGGUAGAGUCACCUGAAAUUCAGGCUUUCAGUUAACAGCUGUGCUGAACUCAUCAAGAGUUAACUAAAUUGAAUUUCUUGUCUCUUAAUAAAGUGUUUGAGAGCAUCAGUUAAAGUAAAGUAGUGAAGAGGUAGAGUUACAGGUAUACAGUGAAAAAUAGCUCUAUUUGAGUAAUGAACUUUUUAACUCAAGACAAAGGCGAAGAGCAUCAAUAAUAAUCAUAAUGAUGAAAGUGGCACUCAUCAGGACCAGCCUCGGAAACUGCAAGUUAUCAGCUCCCCAGAUAAGAGCACCUAAAUGCUUCUUCACAGAGUGUUUUUUGGUUUGUUUAACACUUUUUUUUUUUUUUAAGUUACUACAUGAUUCCUUAUGUGGUCCUUAAUAGUCUAGAUCACCUUUAUAUUCAUUUACAAGAAUUUAAGUAUUUAAUUUUACUUUUCCGAUACAUUUUCCUUCAUGUCAAUGUAUUGUAUCAGAAUUGCACCAUUUCCCUGUAAAACUCUAAUAGAAAUGCUCCUCCUCAUUUUUUUUCUACGAUGUCUAUUAAAAGUCACUAAAAAUUCCAUAUAAUUGGUAGUUUUUUGGGCUGAAAAUGCUGGAUUACUCCUUUUUUACUCCAUCACUGAAACACAUGCUGGUGUAGAUAGAUGUAUCUGAAGGCGUGGCCACUCUUUCUGAAGGAUGAACCAGAACUCUUAGUCUUAAACUUCUUUUCUUUUCUUUCUUUUUUUGUUAGUUUUUUCUUUUUUUAUAUGAAUAAACGUGACCACAAGCUUCACUGUGUGUAAUUUUCCACUAAUGUGAGACGUGAGUGUUUAUAACCGGCGACAGGACUGCUUCCUGUGCUCGAGACGAGCGCAAGCCUUAUCUGUCAUAGUUCACUUGAAAGUCAGUCAGUCAGUCAGUAAUCACCUUGUGCCAGUUCGUGCCAGUUGAUAUAUGAAUGAAUUAGAGUUAUGAAGGCUGUUGUUAUGAAUUUUACCGAAUUAAAAGUCUUAACAUGAUUUUUUUUUGUUUGUUUCCUCCCUGUCUGUGAAUGCUUUACUGCACACUUGAGCUUCAGCCGAUUGUUUUUUAUUUUAUUUUAUUUUUUUGUUUCACUUUUGAGAUUUUCGCGAGUUGCAACUUCUUCACAAUGUAAUUUUUUUUAAAGGAUAAUUGUUUUAGUGCUUUAUUGUCUUUUUGAGUGCAGUAUUGUGAGUGGAUUUAUUCUCUGAAAUCUGAAAUUUUGCCUUUUUUUGUUUACGUUCCCACAAUUUUUUGUUUUUAUAUAAACUGUACUUCAGCUAAGCUCUGUUCUUCUGCCUGUAUUUUAUACGUAUACAUUAAAACUACAUUCUUUCUUCUUUA